CGAGGCUGUGUCUCUCGUGAGACCUCUUCCUUGCUCUUCCUCCUCUUUGUCUUUUCUUCUUCUCUUCUUCACCUCUCUCAUCUAUUGCUGCCUCCUGCACAUCUGAUGGUGAUCAUGGGCUAUGUCUCUUGAGACUCACGAUGACAACGUUGGAUCCCUACCUCUACUCCGUGAUUUGGUUUGCCCCGCUCGAGAUCGAGGCCCAGGCUGCGGUCGCCAUGCUCGAUCACCUCCAUGAUGGUCACUUCCCCCUGGGUCCCGGCGAUGACCAUGUUUUUCGCGCUGGAGAUAUUGCGGGGUAUAAUGUGGUGAUAACAAGUUUCCCCGCAGGGCAGGAGUACGGUACCAGCACCGCAGCCGCUCUCGCCGGUCAGGUCAAGGCCUUCUUUCCCAACCUCCGAUUUGGUCUCCUGGUUGGUGUCGCUGCCGGGUUCCCUGAUUUGUCCCAAAACCCACCACGGGAUGUUCGACUGGGGGAUGUGCUCGUGGCCCUGUCGUGCGACGAUCGACCGGCGGUGAUCCCAUACGGCCUGGGAAAGGAAACGAGGGGAGACGACUUCCAGCUACUGCGCUCGGGGCAUGUGUUGGCGCAGACGAAGACACUCCUGCGGUCAGCUAUUGGCUCUCUGAAGGCCGAGGAACCGUAUUCGGAACCCUCAUUCCGUGAACACUACGAGCGCAUGAUGCACCGAAAACACGCGACUGGUAAUUUUCGCGAUCCCGGACAGCAUCGGGGCUGCUAUCAUGCCGACGGUCGCUCGGUCGUUCGCCCCCUCAGACCACGCUCGGGGCGAACUCGCGUCUGGUACGGUUCGAUCGGCUCCGGGGACAAGCUGGUCAAGAACGGGGUAGCGGCACGGCAGAUGCGCGAGCGGCACCAGAUCAUCGGGGUGGAGAUGGAGGCGGCGGGGAUCAUGAACCAGAUCCCGGUGGCCGUUAUCCGGGGAGUGUGCGACUACGGGGACGAACAUAAAAAUAGCGAAUGGCAGCCUUACGCCGCGGCUAUGGCUGCUGCAUACGCCAAAACCAUAUUAGGGAGGAUCCCUUCUAAAGGAAACUGGGCUGAACCGGUACAGAAACUCGUCCACCUACCCCAGUCACGCGUGUCAACAGAUGGUAAGCCCUUUUGGCGGCUUUCAGACCAUGCACUGGACAAGCGCCUCUCGAUGUGCCGAACACCGUCUUCUAGACUACCCGCUCACGAUCCAAAUGUAACCGUGGAGGACGAGACUAUAACACCAAGACUACAUGGGCUAAAAAAAAAUCAUGAGACCACGACCGUUGGACCCCUGACCGAGGUAUGGCAGAGGGUUUCUGCCCCCCAAAAACCCCAGGCCUCGUACAUCCUCUAUCAGUUAGUCCUCUAUAUCGCAUCGCUGUGGACGAUUCCGAGGGCAAUUACGAGCAAGAUCAUCAUCGCCGAUUUCCUCGGCCGAGAGCUCCACCUUCCGAUCCCCAUGGACUGGUACGACCUCGCGGUGAUUCUACUGCCCUUCUUCGACACCGGGGAACGGUAUGGCUUGGAGAAAGUGCGAUCAGGGGAGUUUAUUAUUGUCUAUUGCGACACAUCGGAGAAGCGAUUCAAGCGUCUGGGCCCAAAUAACUGGGCAAAUGAGAUUCAACAUGGACGAAAGCUACAUAUGUCCGUUGUCAUUUCUUACUUGCGAUUAGAGGACCAAGUGUGCACAUCCUGUCGGUGCCGGGUGAAGAGGUUCCGGUCUUUUAUAACAUGCCCCAACUGUGGUCUGUUCGCGCUGUGCGCCCAACAGGAGCAGAGGAAACUGACAGCGACUGAAAUUGCGGACAUCCCAUCCUUACUGAGUGACGGUCUCUUAGGGGUGCCCCGCGCUAUUGACCCUCCGACCGAUUGCCUAGUCGGACUAUAUGCGUCCUACGAAGAUGGCCAAAGAAGACUGCAACACGACUUAUUGGCGAACCGUAAUACAUUGUCCGUGAACAUGGGCGGCGCAACGGGGGAUUUCCAAGUGAUUGUUCCCCACAGUACAGGGGCAUCCAGCAUAGACAGUAGCGGCAAUCCGCACCGACUUUCAAGACCACCACCUGAAGACGCACCGGCGAGUGAUGACGAGUCUAGCGAAGAAGAAUAUCCGAUUAUCGAGGUUGAAAUCAGCCCGAGGGGCAUGGAGCUCCGUGAGCGAGAGAUCGAGGAAAUCAGCCACUUCAAGAAGGUUUUUAUUCAGGAAGACAAUCUGUUGUACGAUGAGGCGCUGGAAGGCAAUUUACCCGCGGUUAUGCAACGACUGCUGCGCCUACAGAAGAUCCCUACGUUUAACAUGAAUGAAACAUGGGGUCCGCUGGGCACACCACUCACUGCGGCAAUUCUCUCUGGGUCGGACAGCGUGGUCGACGUGCUUCUUCAAGCAGGGGCCGACCCGUUUUUCCAGGCUGGGCCGUUGGACUUUCCUCUCCGUGCUGCUGCCGUGGUUGGAAACUCUACCGCUGUCGAGUUAAUUCUCAGCUCCACCACGCAAAAGAGCAUUGAGAAUCGGCUAGGAAGGCUGCAGGAAGCGCUGGAUCAGUCGCUGUACUCGGUCGUGGAGACCGGCCAUCGCAGUCUUCCUCGUGUCUUUCUCUACGCAGGUGCGAACCCCUUCGCGACGGUAGACGGCAAGCGAUCCGCGUUUGCCUUCUCAACUUUCAGCCAGCCCGAACUGGCUGCCCGAUUCGUCACUGAAGCAUACGCACGGGGGUUGUUGCAGCUGCAGGAGGCGGAGCUCAUCAUCGACGCCGUGUAUCGGCGGUAUGUCUCUGUUCCUAGUUGCCCGGGCUGGCUGGACGCGUGUUGCCGGAAUGUGGAAAUGGGCCGGACCGAAGGCGUGGAGAAGCGGAUAGUACAACGACUGACGCAGUCUCUCCGGACCUCAUUUCUUCUCUGGGAGCCUUUGUGGCGGAUUCCGCGGUCGAACAGGGGGCGCACGGUGAGGGCUCUACCGGCCCCGGAGCCGGAAACAGUAUCGUUGGAAAAGGUCUGCGGCAGGAAAUCGCACUUACCAGUCAUCCAAGUGACGAUGCAUUGAUAACCUCGCAAGCGGUUAGCUUUUCACUUCAAAGGCGGCUGUGAUGGGUUGAGCUGUUAAAGUGCUGGUGAUUGAAUCUGGUCGACGU